CACACACCCUCCAGACCACAGUGGUCUGUGAGUUGCUGGGGAACCAGAGCAGCCGGGGACACUGGCGAUACAACUAUGAUGGCCAGGACUUCCUUCUGGGCACACUCGAGUCCUUCAACUCCAGCAAAAGCGGGCCAGAAAAAAGCAGAAAUGCAGCUGGGGAGAAGGUCAAGGAGCAAUCCUUCCUGGCCAGGAGCUGCAUCUACUCUCUCUGGAAAUACCUGGAAGCUGGGGUGGAGCCACAGCCUCCAAUAAUAAGUGUGACAGAGCCUCUCAGAUCUAAGUACCCCCCAGUCUGGAUCUUCUGUGGGUUCCUGGCUUCGGCCAUGGUCAUCGUGGGAGCCGCAGGUACCUUCCUCUGGAAGAAGUGGAAGACGGGCAGGACAGCAGCUCCACCCCCGCCUCGGCCCCCUAAGGCCCAACCUCUUUGUCUCCCUGUAGACCACAGCCAGCCAGCUGACUCCUGUAUUUAAGUCUCAAGACAUCAAAGCGCUACAGAAAGAACUCGAACAAUUUGCCAAGCUCCUGAAGCAGAAGAGGAUCACCCUGGGGUAUACCCAGGCUGAUGUGGGGCUCACCCUGGGGGUUCUCUUUGGCCUACCCCAGGGAAGGUUUUUAGCCAGACGACCAUCUGCCGUUUUGAGGCUCUGCAGCUGAGUUUCAAGAACAUGUGCAAGCUGCGGCCCCUAUUGCAGAAGUGGGUGGAGGAAGCUGACAACAAUGAAAAUCUUCAGGAGAUAUGCAAAACGGAGACCCUCCUGCAGCAGGCCAGAAAGAGAAAGCGGACAAGCAUUGAGAACCGAGUGAGAGGCAACCUGGAGAACAUGUUCCUGCAGUGCCCGAAACCCACGCUGCAGCAGAUCAGCCACAUCGCCCAGCAGCUCGGGCUGGAGAAGGAUGUGGUCCGAGUGUGGUUCUGUAACAGGCGCCAGAAGGGCAAGCGAUCCAGCAGUGACUAUACACAACGGGAGGAAUUUGAGGCUGCUGGGUCUCCUUUCCCAGGGGGACCAGUGUCCUUUCCUCUGCCACCAGGACCCCAUUUUGGUACCCCAGGCUAUGGGGGCCCUCACUUCACUACUCUGUACUCCUCUGUCCCUUUCCCUGAGGGUGAAGCCUUUCCCUCUGUCCAGGUUGCCAAUCUGGGCUCUCCCAUGCAUUCAAAUUGAGGUGCCUGACCUCACUCCUGACCAGGAGUGGGGGGCAGAGGAAAAGGGAAAAACUGGGGAAAUGGGACCCUGGGGUUUAUAACCAGGGCUUUUGGGAUUAAGUCCUAAAUUCACUAAGGAAAGAAUUGGGAACACAAAGGGUGGGGUUAGGGAGAUUUUGGGGAAACUGGUUGGAGGGAAGGUGAAGUUCAACGAUGCUCUUGAUUAUCAUGUAAUCUCACAUCACUCAUCACUUUGUUCUUAAAUAAAGAAUCAUG